AUGAAAUAUCUUUUUGUGAUCGCAAUUCACUCUGACUCACUUUCUUUCUCCGUCGCUCUCUAUACUUCCAACGUUCUCCCGCCCCACUCUCUCUCUCUCUCGCUCUCUCUCUCUAUCUAUCUAUCUCUCUCUACUAAACAAACACAUUUCCCCUCAAAAUUUGUUAAUGUCUAUCAGUCCCCUCCAUACUCUGAAUCGCACACACAUACGCAUAAUCUAUCUAUCCUUUUGUUUAUAUCUAUCUAUCUAUCUAUCUAUCUAUCUAUCUAUCUAUCUAUCUAUCUAUCUAUCUAUCUAUCUAUCUCAUUUUGCUCAUUAUCUAUCUAUCUAUCUAUCUAUAUAUAUAUAUAUAUAUAUAUAUAUAUAUAUAUAUAUAUAUAUAUAUAUAUAUAUAUAUAUAUAUAUAUAUAUAUAUAUAUCCCAUUCUGCUCAUAUCUAUCUAUCUAUCUAUCUAUCUAUAUAUAUAUAUAUAUAUAUAUAUAUAUCAUUCUGCUCAUAUCUAUCUAUCUAUCUAUCUAUCUAUAUCUAUCUAUCUAUUCAUCUAUCUAUCUAUCUAUCUGCGUAUCUCAUUCUGCUCAUAUCUAUCUAUCUAUCUAUCUAUCUAUCUAUCUACGUAUCUUAUUUUGCUCAUAUCUAUCUAUCUAUCUAUCUAUCUAUCUACGUAUCUUAUUUUGCUCAUAUCUAUCUAUCUAUCUAUCUAUCUAUCUAUCUAUCUAUCUAUCUCUACGUAUCUCAUUUUGCUCAUAUCUAUCUAUCUAUCUAUCUAUCUAUCUAUCUAUCUAUCUAUAUAUAUAUAUAUAUAUAUAUAUAUAUAUAUAUCAUUCUGCUCAUAUCUCUCUAACUAUCUAUCUAUCUACCUAUCUUAUUCUGUUCAUAUAUACUCAAAACACGCAAAAAAUACCGUUUAUUUCUAUGGUAACGCUCGAUCUAUCUAUCUAUCUAUCUAUCUAUCUAUCUAUCUAUCUAUCUAUCUAUCUAUCUAUCUAUCUCUAG